AUGGCCUCCUUGAAGUAUACCCCGAAGCAACAUAUCACAGAGAUUCACAGCAGGUUGUCGAAGACCUUCCGUGAGGGCCGCACUCUUCCAAAUUCCGAUGCUAUCAUGGCCUCCCUGAAAGCUGAUCUCGGGAGGCACCCUUUUGAGGCCACCCUCCCUGAACUAGGUCCAAUGGUUUCAAGUGCCCUUCAUGCUGUCGAGAAUCUUGAUAAAUGGAAUUCUCCCGAGAAACCGCAAGUAGAGGCUUGGCGCAGUGGGUGGGACACAACCAUCUUUAAGGCGCCCAAGGGAACAGUGCUUAGCAUCAGUCCCUGGAACUUUCCAUGGGUGCUCACGAUUUUGCCGCUCAUUGGCGCGAUUGCUGCAGGUUGCACGUGUUUGAUAAAACCUUCAGAGCAUGCCCAGGCCUCUGCAGCCCUUAUGGAGAAACUAAUCCCGCAAUACCUUGACCCAGAUGCCUACGCUGUCUGCCUCGGAGCCGUCGAAGAGACCACCCAUGUUCUUGGUCUGAAAUGGGACCACAUUUUCUAUACGGGCAGUACGAGUGUGGGACGGAUCAUCGCAGAGGCGGCAGCAAAACAACUCACGCCGGUGACUCUAGAGCUUGGUGGACAAUCGCCCGUCUUCGUCGAUGGGGACAGCACAAACAUCGAGAUCGCCGCGAAGAGGAUUCUAUGGGGAAAGCAACAAAACGCAGGACAAAUAACUGUACUGUCAUGGCAGGUUUGUGUCGCACCGAAUCAUGUUUUUGUGCAGGAACAACACCAAAGUGCACUUGUGGAGGCGUUCAGGAAAGCGUAUGAUUCGUUCUGGCCAAAGGGUCCGCUUGACUCCUCUUCUGAGAUGGCUUGCGUGCUGAAUGCUCGGCACUACAAACGCAACAAGAGUCUCCUGUCCCGAACUAAAGGAAAGGUCGUGAUUGGGGGACAAGCUGGGCAGGAUCUUCGCAUUGAGCCAGCAAUUGUUACUGGCGUAAAAUUGGAUGAUCCAUUAAUGGAAGAAGAAAUAUUCGGACCUAUCUUGCCAAUCAUCCCAGUUGAAAAUGUUGACGCCGCCAUCUCACACAUACAAUCUGGGUCCACUCCCCUUGUCAUUUACGUCUUCACGGAAAAUGAGGAGACGAAAAACAAAUUCGUGCAGCGCACACAGAGCGGGCAGCUAAUUUUCAAUGAAACUUUCGCUCAGGUUGCUGUCUAUGAAAUUCCUUUCGGUGGUCAAGGGCAAUCUGGCUAUGGAUCAUACCUUGGGAAGUACACCUUCGACACCUUCACCCAUCAAAGGGGCUAUAUCAAUGUCCCUGCAGACGCAAAGACGGAGGGCUUCAUGCAGGGAAGGUAUCCUCCUUACUCGGCGCCUGCACUUGAGUUCUUCUCCCAGGCGCUCAAAGCGAAAAUUCCGGACGCUUAAUCCCUCGUUCGUAGUUGGAAGAAUCAUGUCGACGUAUUCAAGUCAUAGUGCAGAGGGAAGUAUACCAAACCAAGCGACUCAUUUGUCUGUUGUCCCAAAUAUUAUAAUAGCGGCAUAAACCUGCAAGAGAGAUUUCACUGGUAACAGAAGUAAAAGAAUGAUAAACGAGUUGGGAAAGGUAGAUUUAGACUGUUUGCAGCGCUAUUUGUUUGGUCACACAACUCACCACUGCAGAUCUGUGGUUUGUUAGGUGCGACGCGAUGGUCUUCAUUGGUAACAAGAAGUGAAAGAAAGAUAAAC